CAGCGCCGCCCGCCAGUCACUCAGCCGGCCAGCGAGCGAGCGAGCGAGCGAGAGACGGGCGCGCGGCGGCGGCGGCGGCGGCGGCAGCAGCUUCUCCGGUUGGCGCCUGGCGCUCCGCAGGAGGCCGCUGCCAGGCGAGUGCAACCUCCCGCCCUCCGCCUGCUUCUCUCUCGCCUUCCUCCGCCAUGGCUGAGGCGCCUCAGCCCGUGGAGACCGACCCUGACUUCCAGCCGCUCGCCCGCCCCCGCUCCUGCACUUGGCCGCUGCCCCGGCCGGAGCUCGCCCCGUCCAGCCCGGGACAGACGCCCAUUCCGGCGAGGGCCGCUUCUCCGUCCCGCUGCGGGCGGGUCGCGGCCCUCUGCGCCUCCUCCCCCGGCGGUGACUUGCUGAGCCUGCUGGAGGCUGGCGGCGAGGGCUUCGAGGCCGGCGCGGCCGCUGGCGCGGGAGACCUGGGGGCUGGGGGCGGCUGCCUUUGCGGGGACUUCCCUUGCCUCCAGCACCCCCAGCAGCAGCAGCAGCAGCAAGCGGCGGGGCCCGCCUUGGCGUCGGCGGCAGGCCCUCGCAAGAGCAGCUCGUCCCGCCGCAACGCCUGGGGCAACUUGUCGUACGCGGACCUCAUCACGAAGGCCAUCGAGAGCGCCCCGGAGAAGCGGCUCACCCUCUCCCAGAUCUACGAGUGGAUGGUCAAGAACGUGCCAUACUUCAAGGACAAGGGGGACAGCAAUAGCUCCGCCGGCUGGAAGAAUUCAAUCCGUCACAACCUCUCAUUGCACAGCAAGUUUAUUAGAGUACAGAAUGAAGGAACAGGAAAAAGCUCUUGGUGGAUGCUCAAUCCAGAAGGAGGCAAAAGUGGCAAGUCUCCCAGGAGAAGGGCUGCAUCCAUGGACAACAGCAGCAAGUUUGCAAAAAGCAGAGGUAGAGCUGCAAAGAAAAAAGCAGCUCUUCAAGCGGGUCAAGACGGAAAUGGUGACAGUCCAGGUGCACAGUUCUCAAAAUGGCCUGCAAGCCCCAGCUCUCACAGUAAUGAUGACUUUGAUACUAAUUGGAGUACUUUUAGACCUAGAGCCAGUUCUAAUGCUAGUACAAUCCUGUCAGAACAAGAUGACCUUGGAGAAGGGGAUGUACACUCCAUGGUCUAUCCUCCAUCAACAACCAAAAUGGCUUCAACUCUGCCCAGCCUUUCUGAGAUGAGCACUUCAGAAAACAUGGAGAACCUGUUGGAUAACCUCAAUCUUUUAUCCCCUAACACAUCCUUGAGUGGAUCAUCUCAGUCUCCACCCACUACCAUGAUGCAACAGUCUCCUUGUUAUUCAUAUACUUCAACCAGCACAACUAUGGGUUCACCAAAUGCAGACUACAGAAAAUACAGUUAUGCCCAGCCUAGUAUGGGCUCCUUGUCGCAGAUGCCUAUGCAAACUAUUCAAGACAGUAAAUCGAGCUAUGGAAACAUUAGCCAAUAUAACUGCCAUGUAGGACUUCUGAAGGAGCUGCUUACUUCUGAUUCACCUCCGCACAAUGAUAUCUUGGCAUCUGUAGAUACUCAUGUUUCCCAGCCUAGUGGCCGAGUGCUGGGGCAAAAUGUAUUAAUGGCCACUAACUCUGCAAUAUCCCCAUAUGGCAACCAACAGUCCCAUAACAAAAUCAUUGCCCCUAGUGCCCACCCACACCAAGGACAUGCCCAGCCAACCCCAGUAGUUAACAGCCAUACUUUGUCUCUCACACUUAGCACUGUGUCUCAUACUUCAGCUUUAAAUCGUUUGUCCACAGCAAAAACCUCAGUACAAGUGCCUAUGAGCCACCCAAUGCAGAUGAACAGCACAAAUCCGUACACCACUGUAAACAGCUGUAAUGGUUAUGGAAGAGUGGGAAUUGUCUCUUUCCAUCAAGAGAAGCUCCCUAGUGACUUAGAUGAUAUGUUUAUUGAACGAUUGGACUGCGAUAUGGAGUCAAUAAUUCGUAAUGACCUCAUGGAUGGGGAAACAUUAGAUUUUAACUUUGACAGUGUGUUGCCUAACCAAAGUUUGUCGCAUGGUGUUAAGACAACAACACACAGCUGGGUGUCGGGAUAAGACUAGAAGGCUACAGCUUAAAAUACUUCAAACAUCUCUGACUGCAGGAACUGAGCAAGGGAGUCCAAAGAUGUCCUUCAACCUUUUUACAUUUUCUUCUGUAAUUUUUUUUUCUCUUGUCAGACUUGGCAGCAGAUAGAUUUUUCCUGUACGUGAUGUUUGCCAGAUACUUGCAGGUUUUGCUGCCGUAGGUAAGGCCUGUGCCAUUGGAAGUGUCUUUAUUUGGAAGUGCCAAACUUACCACAAUGUCAUAGAAAAGCAGAAAAUACUUGUGCAUCAUGUUUUACAUUGACUGUAUAAGAUGUAGAAGUAAUAUGGCUUCUUUAGGAAUAUAUUAGAUCCAAGAAAAGGUUAAACCCCAUGGAGAACUGUGGACUGCUCUAUUAACUGCCUUAAGCAUAUUGCAAUUGCUGUACAUUUUGUAUGAGAACAUCUUUGCAUAUGAUCUAGCCAUUUAGACUUCCAUAUCAGAGAGCAGUUUGGAAGCUUUGUCAUCUGUGUUUGUGAUCAUGUAGUAGAUUUGUGGGGCUGACUUCCAAAUUGAUUGAUUGAUUAAUUUUAUUAAUCACCUUAAAUUUUAUAAUAGUCAUAUAGCUAUUUUUCUUAUCUCUACUUUGUUAUACAAGUUCCUUAAACAUUUGCAGAAUCCAGGAUGCCUAACAACAUUCGUAACAUUUUGUAUACAGUAUUUUAACAAGAUUAAGGGGAGAGAAUUUAUAUUAGCACUCUGCAAGAUUUCUAAAGAGAAGGCUUCUAAAUGUAAAAACUUUGUAUUUUCUUCCUGGCACGAGGGUGAUCUGUAGAUAUACAGAUAACUUUUGUUACUAUAUUAACACUGACUACCCCAAAGUGUUAAGUAUUGUUAAAUGGUAUGUACAGAUCUUCAUAUUUGUAUUUAUUUUUAUGGUCGUUUCAUAAAGUUUGUUACCCCAGGGACAGGAACUUCUCUCUUCCAUAGCAUUCUCAUUAGUCAUCCAUUUUUGUUUCACUUGUUCUUAGUGAUAGGGUCUCCCAUUUCCUUUCUUUUUAAUGCCUUCUAUUUUCUUUUAACGAUAUUAAAAUAAGAGCUAGAACCUGCUUUAUGCUACAUUAUGAAUUUAUUUGUCAAGAAUGAACCUGAGUCACAAGCUGGGCAGUCUUAAUUAUAUAAAUAACAAUAGUUUUAGUUGGUGUUUAGUGACCUAUUUCUUCAACAUCUUACAUGUUCAAGAGGAGCCUCAGUUUUGAACUCUUUGGAGAGGUUUAUAACAGCAGCCUUGCAACAUGUAAAUUAAUAACCAUGUAUAAUAUUGAAUUUACAAGCUAUAGUUUUGGUAGCAUCUUAGCAUACUCACUGCACUCAGCAGCAUCCGUCUUUACUACCCCCAACUUCAAAAUCCAAGCGUACAUUGCUAACGGCUGGAUAGUAGAAUGAUUUGUCAGGGAAGUUGUGGGAUCUUCACGCUUAGAUAUUUUUAAGAGGGGACUGAUGGGCAUCUGUCAUAGGUGGUUUCAGUGGAGGUUUGGUUAGGGCAGGGAUGGGGAACCUCAUGCCUGGGCGCCAAAUUCAGCACGCCUGGAGUCCCUCUCUGGUACCCCAGGGUGGCCCAGAUGGCCUCACCCCCUUCCUCCCAAAGGAGGGGAGUUCUAGGCUUUUGUGCCAUUUUCCCCAAAUGCCUGUCCUAAGGCUUAGUCACGGGUGGUAAGAGCUUUAAGCUACUAUAUACUGGUAUUUUGGUCCCUCCCCUUUUGCCUUUGGCCCCACCCACCUCUGGAAUGCGGCCCCUGAGAGCUUCUCUGAAAUUGAAUUUGGCCCUUGGCCUGAAAGAGCUUCCUCACCCCUGGGUUAGGGCAUAACUGCUGUGACACCUUCCAAUAGGUUUACUCUUUCAUUGGCAGGCAGAAGCUGCUUUUGGCCAGGCAGCAUGUAUUUGCUGCCUUGGGUCACCCCUCCUCUUUCCCAAAUUGCUCCCAUAGCUUAGCUCUCCCUGCGCCCCCAAACCAUUUUAUAUAUCUUGUGCCCCAACUGGGGUAGGGUGGGGGACUACUGGGACCACCAAGGUGUGGUUUGAGGUCCUUCUGCUCAAUUAUACUUUUGUGCAUUGCAUCCCAGUGUGCAGCUGUAUUUUACCUACUUUUAGCAUAUCAGUGGUAACACAGCAGCCCCCCUAAACAUAUUAAACACUCAGACAGUGUUCUCAUACAUCUUCUAUGUACCUCUGGAACCAUUUUUAAGUGCUCCCCUGUCUUUAACAAAACACACACACACUCACACACAAAGCUCCCAACAAAUAGGAAGUUGAUACCAAUUCAUCCCCACCCUCUUUGGAUACUGACAACUUCUGUUACCUGGGCCUGGUGAUCAGUAAAACACUUCUAGGGCAAUAAGUCCUAGAAUGUAGUACACGGUGGUGUGAUGAAACAAAAGUUACAGAACAGUUGAUAAAAUAUGCUUUUAAAUAGACCUUAAUUUCUGUAGUACUUAAGUUUUUUUUUUUAAUGUAAAUGAUGGCUUUGUGAAAUGUGCAGAAUGUUUUACCCCGAGGCCUUGUUUUUAGCCUUUUCCUCCCCACUCUUGGUCUCUGAGAAGUGUAUUCUACAAUAGAACUGUUCCAAUUUAAUGUAUUGUUUCUACUGUAUGUUGUAAUAAUAGUUGCCUUAAUGAGACCUCUGCUUUGAUAAACUGACAAGUUGCAUAAAAUGGUAAGCUAAUGUAUUGUUGAAUGCUGACAACUCAAUAGAACAUCCCUAAAGAAGAGAAAAAAAGAUGAUUAAGGUGGACCAGUUCUUUAACAGUCUUACAGUGCAAUUCUGAGCAUGUUUGCUCGGAAGUAACUCCCACUGUAUUUAGUGGGGCUUAGGCCACAGCUAGACCUAAGGUUUAUCCUGGGAUCAUCCAGGGUUCACCCCUGCCUGAGCACUGGAUCUCCUGUGUGUCACCUAGAUGAACAGGUUUGACCCCUGGAUGAUCCAGGGAUAAACCUUAGGUCUAGCUAUGGCCUGAGUCCCUAGUAAGCGUGUUUUAGGAUUGCAACCUGAAGUUUGCACUUGUUCAACUGGAUCGGUGUUAAUUGGAUCGGUGUUGUUAUUUUAUUUUUAAGAUUUUAAGUUCACAUUAUAAAAAUUUCAGGCUUGUUAAUUUAUAAAUGAUUUUUAAAUAAGACAACUUUUUUUGUACUUUAGAAUUACUUAAAGUAACGCUGUGAUUCAAAUGCAAGCAAAGAGAUGUAACUGCAUUAAAACCAGCCCCUUAAUGAGCGCCCCUCCCCCCUACCAUUUUCCGCCUAAGCAGCACUACUGGCAUGCAAAUAUUUUACAUGUCAUUUGUGUGAAUUGUAAGAACAUUGGUGGUGUCACUGCUGUACACUUGAGAUGAUUGUUUGGAUAUUUGUGGAAAAGUGCCUGAUGUUUUCUUAACAUAAAAUAAUUGUUUGUAUAAAGCCAUAAAUGUUAUAUACAUUGCUUUAAUGGUGUUGUCUUUCAUAUGAUUAUUUGUAUGCUGAUAAAGAAUUCUGUUUAUUUGUU